CCUACGCAACAACAUCUGCAACGUCGUUACGUCACAAUAUCAACCUCCUCCUUCCUUAUUUUUUGUCCAAUCACUGCAGUCCACUCGACCGGAAGUUUUGAACGAGUCGUACGCGGGAAAUUACUGAGCGCCUCAGCUGGAGUACAGAGGAGUUUCAGGUUUAAAAUGAAGGUUGUAACGUGUGAGAUUGCGUGGCACAACAAAGAGCCAGUCUACAGUCUGGACUUCCAGCACAGCUCUGAUGGACGUUUUCACCGACUGGCCACAGCUGGAGUGGACACCACAGUCAGACUGUGGCGAGUGGACACAGGCCCAGACGGGAAAGCUGUGGUGGAGUUACUGUCUAAUCUGGCUAGACACACCAAGGCGGUCAACGUGGUGCGUUUUAGCCCUAAUGGAGAGCUGCUCGCCUCAGGAGGAGACGAUGCAGCAAUUUUAUUGUGGAAGCCCAACGACUCUAAGGAGCCUGAGCAGGCGGCCAUGUUCCAGGAGGAUGAAGAUGCUCAGCUCAACAAGGAGAGCUGGUCUGUGGUGAAGACACUAAGGGGACACAUAGAGGACGUGUAUGACAUCUGCUGGACACGGGAUGGAAACUUCAUGGUGUCGGGGUCGGUGGACAACACAGCUGUUAUGUGGGACGUCAACAAAGGACAGAAGCUUUGUAUCUUGAAUGACCAUAAGAGCUACGUGCAGGGGGUGACCUGGGAUCCUUUAGGCCAGUAUGUAGCCACUCUCAGCUGUGACAGAGUGAUGCGUGUGUACAGCACUCACACCAAGAAGAAGGCUUUUUGUGUCAGUAAGAUGAGCUCCGGGCCACAAGCAGAGGGAGAGGUCAAACAACACAGAAUGUUCCACGACGACAGCAUGAGGUCUUUUUUUCGACGUCUCUCUUUCACUCCUGAUGGAUCUUUCCUGCUUGCACCAGCUGGAUGUGUGGAAAUUGGAGAAAACAUCAUUAACACCACCUACAUCUUUUCCAGGAAGAGCCUAAAAAGGCCUAUUGCACAUCUGCCCUGCCCUUCAAAAGCGACGCUGGCGGUGCGCUGCUGCCCCGUCUACUUUGAACUGAGGACCAAGAAGGGAGAAGAUGGCUCCAUUCAGCCUCUUCCUAACGUAUUCCAGUUGCCGUACCGGAUGGUGUUUGCCGUGGCGUCCGAGGACUCCAUCUUCCUGUACGACACGCAGCAGACUCUUCCUUUCGGCCUGGUGUCCAACGUCCACUACCACACACUCAGCGAUCUCACAUGGUCUGGGGACGGCUCCUUCCUGGCUGUUUCCUCCACAGAUGGUUACUGCUCCUUCCUGUCCUUCUCUCCGGGGGAACUGGGCACUCCGCUGAAGGAGCCCCCCACCCUGGAGGUCUUUGCCCCCAGCAGUGCUGCCGAGAAAAAGGGCAAGAAGUCAUCGACAGCGAGGACGUCAUCUCCUGUGACCCCGCUGCCGAGCUCAGCCCUGACGCCGUCGUCCCAACCCGGCCUCAGCAAGGAUGUCACCCCCCCAGACGAGAAGAAGAGCACCCCCAGCAGCAAGGCUAAACCUCAGCCCCGCAGGAUCACUCUCAACACCCUGGAGGGCUGGGGGAAGCCCUCCACCCCUAAAGCUGCAGCUCCUUCAGCCCCUCAGACCCCAACGUCUGCAAGCAAAAGCACGCCCUCCACUCCACAGCCUCGCGUCGCCCCCCUCACCCCAACCAGUUCCUCCACCCAGCCUCGCAUCGCCCCCCUCACUCCCUCCACCCCUAAAGUCCUCAACAGUGCUAAUGCUGCUGGGCCCACCACCCCUAAGGGACCAACACCGAGGCGAGUGUCUUUGACUCCAGUCGCAGUUCGCUCUCCGGCUGUUAGUUCACUCUUCCGUACUCCCUCGUCCACUGAGAAGGCCAAACACGAACGCCCGUCUCCUCCCACCGACCCAGUCUGCCAGCCCCCAGAGUCCAAACGGCCCAAGACCAGUGAGCCCCCAGCAAAGAGCAGCUCCACCAAGGCUUAGAGUUUACUGGAAUCAGUGUUUGAGUGUGUUGUCAGAUAGGAGUACAUGUACAGCAGAGGAAAACAGUCAUGGCAGUUUCAGUGAAACCCCAUGGGGCUCUCCAUGGAUUUACAACACCACAGUUCUAUAGCACUGUGUUUGUGUUGGAUUAUGUGUUCUUGAUCGAACUAGAAGAACACCACAUAAUGUACUUAUAAAACAGACUACAGUGAGUAACUGUGAGUUAUCUCUUCUUGUAGUCAUUGUGUGUUUUUUGUAUCAUAUAGUAAAUGAGCUGAUGAUGUUACAUUAGAUUUGUUUGGCAUUAAAGUUCUGUUGAAAACAUGA